UAAAGAUAUAAAAUAAAUGUUCAUUUUUUUUAGCUCAAAAAUGUUUCAAAAUAAAUAUAUUGAACUAAAAACAACAACAGCAAUGUGUUAAAGGUCUGUUUUGCUGUGUCUCAGUACAGACGACCAACGGAAAUAGUAAUGUGCGCACCAGCUUCCGCUGUGGUGCUUCCUUGUUGUUUCUCCAGUGAGACUUCCACGUGUGUUCAGAGUGAUGCCAGUAAACAGCAAGAGAGAGCAAGGAAAAGAUGCUGCUGUGCAGGGGACCAAUGACAGCAGUGUGGUCAGUAAGGUGUCAGCAGCGGCACAGGGCUACUUCCACGAUGACUUCCUCAAGCAUUUUGUGUGCAAGGUGUCAAGAAGAGCUCCAUUAAUUAAUAGAGGUUAUUAUGUGCGCUGGAAAGCAGUUGAUCAUUGUAUGAAUCAGUUUCUCCAUGCCACAAAAUCCUGCUCGAGGAGACAGAUUCUUUCACUAGGAGCAGGGUUUGACUCCCUGUUUUUCCGGCUGCAUGCAGAAGGAGCCCUUGGAGGUGUCACAGUUUUUGAAGUUGACUUUCCAGAAGUUGCCCGACGCAAGGCUGACUUGAUCAACAGCAAUGCUUGUCUAAAGGACACGUUGCCAGAUUGGGAGCCUGUCUCAAACCAGCAGACUAGUAAUGCUGUGUUCAUCAGAAGUGGUCAUUAUAAUCUCAUUGGUGUGGAUGUCAGGAAGGAGCAGCAGGUGGAGGCGGCUCUGAGCGGAGCUGGGCUGCAGUGGGACGCUCCCACACUUGUCUUGUCAGAGGUGGUGCUGACUUAUAUGGAAACACAAUGGUCAGAUGCUGUGAUUGGCUGGACUGCCAAGCUCUUUCCGCAGUCUAUGUUUGUGAUGUAUGAACAGAUCCACCCAGAUGACCCAUUUGGCAGGGUCAUGCAGAACCACUUCCUGAAGCUCAACUCCACCAUACAUGCUCUCAAACAAUAUCCACACACUGUCGCUCAGACACAGAGAUUCAUACAGAAGGGCUGGGAAAAAUGUGUCUGUCUGGAUAUGAACCAGUUCUACUUUGACCUUCUUCCUGAAGAUGAGAGGCAGAGAGUCGAGGGACUGGAGCCUUUUGAUGAGUUUGAGGAAUGGCACCAGAAAUGUUCUCAUUACUUCAUCCUUUCAGCCUCCAAAGGCUCUGUGACCAAUCAAGCCCUUCUUAUGCUACCAAAGUCGCCCUCCAUUCCACACAUGACUCCUCAAUGGGCUGAGCAUCUUCCUCUGGUUAUUCAGCCCAUGUGUGGGUCUCCAGGUAUAGAGGCUCUUGGUAUGGCCUCUGUAGUACUGGCCCCUGGAAACAUCCUUCUCACCGGAGGCUGUGGGAGAAGCGGAAGAGACACCGUAGCGAGGGUCCUGAUCAAAGAGCAGUGUGGCUGGAAAUGUGCCUGUGUGGAGGCUCGUGGAGACACAGUGGUGGGUCUUUAUCAGACGUUGACCUCUAUCCCUGGUGGUGGAGUGGUCCUCUUUGGUGGCAGAACUUCUCCACUCAAUCCAACAGGCAGCAUUGUGUGGGUGACCUUUGACCUUGGUGAUCAGCAAAGUUCCGUACAGCUGUCAUUUAAGAACAUGGUUUGUACAGGCACUGGUCCAAAGCCACGAUGGAGACACACAUCGACCUUAAUAUGUUAUAAUGAUAAGACGUUUAUAUUUGUGUUUGGAGGACGUACAGAGAAGGAUCCAGUUCUAGGUGACUUGCAUUUCCUGUGUUUGGAGGACAAACACUGGACUGAGAUUACAGUUGUUGGUGCCGUUCCGGAAGCCCGUCAUUCCCAUUCAGCUUGUCCCUAUGGAGGGGGGCUUGUGAUAUUUGGAGGUUUAGGGAAAGGAGGAAGACCUCUCGGUGAUGUUUUUUACCUGAGACCCACAUCAUCGGGUUUCUGCUGGGAGACAAAGAAUUUGCAUCCACUUCCAGUGCCCAGAUAUUCCCACUCAGCCCAUGUAAUUAAUGAGAAAUUGGUUGUGGUUGGUGGAGUUUGGCUUCAGGCUGAUGGAGUACCAGGAGUUGCUGUAAUAAAUCUGAACACUGGGAGUUGUGUGGAGAUCCAGCUGGAUACCUCAUCUGUGCCUUGGCCUCUUAUGCUGCAUUCAUUCUGCUCUGAGCUGCUGGACCCUGAGGGGACUGAGAUGGUGCUCAUUGGUGGAGGAGGAAACUGUUUCUCAUUUGGAACUCACCUCAAUCUCAACCCUGUAACUGUGGACCUAAGUCCAAUACUUUGUUAUUCAAAUUAGUCAGAUCACAAGUAGUGGGUCUCCAGCCAAACUUUAUUUUAGCCAGAAUUCAAUUUAGUGUCACAGCCACAUAGCAUAAGUGUUGUGACAUGGGAAACAUCACUCUGUGAAGCGACGGAAAGACUGCACUGUAGGACAGACUGCGCCCCAGUCCACUGGUUUGCGGUAGUUGCCCUUCUCCAGGAAGUACUGGUGGCCACGAUAGUUGGGAUGCUCGUAGAAGAUCCAGUAACCGUCCAGAACUUUGCAGGAAUGGACCUCUCUCAGACGGAACCUCUCCACCACAGAUGGGCAGUCUUCAAUGGACUCUAUGGCCUGGCCUGUGAAGUCAGGCUUGUCAUACAGCUGAACCUUGUACUGCAUUCCAGUUGUCUGCAUGGGUCGGAUGGGUUUGGGAAAGAGGUGGAAAUAUUUGUGUGAGAGGGUUGGCAAGAAGACACAUGGAUUAAGAUGGCAACUGUAAUACUUAAAGACCUUCAUAAGCAUGUUUUGUAAAUUAAUGUAAAAAAUGUUUUAUCUUGCUUGUUAGUAUCCACUGAUUUGCUAUGGAAAAUGUUCAAGAUGUAUAUUCAAAUAAUAGAAUUGAUGCCUGUGAAAUAUUCAUACAGGCCUUCAUGGCAGAAACUGUUCUGAUAUUUUUUGGAUUCAACAUGUCAUAUUUUUUUAUGAGUUGUGUCUGUGUUGAAGAAGAUGUCAAAACAAACUAAAUUAAAGAGAAUUACAUUGACCUGAAA